AUGGUGAUUAUAUGCAAAUUGAAUGUUGUGAUUGUUGAUGAAGACUUGGUGGGUGUUGUAGUAAGAAAUGUUGACGAAGCUUUUGAGUUAUAUAAUGGAUAUGCAUACAGAGUUGGUUUUAGUGUGAGGAAAGGCCAACAACGUUAUAAGGCAUCUACUAAGUCAAUUCAGAUGAAGAGGUUCUUCUGUGCUAAGGCUGGGUAUAAGCAGAAACCAAACAGUGGUGUUAAGCUUUAUUCAAAGAUUGAUAUGAGGACUGGAUGUGGUGCAUUUGUUCAGUUUGAUGUGGGGGGUGAUGGGAUGUGGACAGUUACAAAACACUUGAAAGAGCACAAUCACGAGUUAUGUUCAUUUGGCAAGAGUCAUCUGCUUCGGUCGCAUAGAAGAGUGGGAAACAAUCAGCUUGAAUAUUUAAAAGACAUGAAGAGUAGUGGUGUUGCAUUGGCGGAUAGUAUGAGGUUUUUGAAACAUCAGUCAGGGGGCUCUCCAUUGGUUGGCUUUACCAACCGCGAUGCUUACAAUUCAAUGGCUUCUGUGAGUUUGAAGUGUUUGGAUGGAUCGGAUUCAAAUUCUUUGGUUGAGAUAUUCAGGAGGAGGCAAUCUAAUGAGGCUGAUUUCUUUUUUGAUUUCGAAACUAUCAUGACGGAUCAAUGUUCAGCUAUGGCUGCUGGCAUUUCCAUGGUGUUUCCUACAUCACGCCACCGUCUUUGCAUAUGGCAUAUUGGUGAGAAUUCGAAGAAGCAUAUUAAGGCAUUGAGGAAUCAUAAGGAUUUUCUGGAUAUGUUUAAUUGUGUGUUGAAAUACACCGAGACUGAAGCUGAAUUUGAGGUUUACUGGACAAGGAUGGUUACAAAAUAUAAUUGUCAUAAGAAUACAUGGCUAGAGAAGCUUUAUGACUGUAGGGAGAAGUGGUGUCCAGCGUUCAACAAGGAUUAUUUCUCCGGGGGUAUUUUAUCUUCGCAAAGGAGUGAAAGCACAAAUCAUGCAAUUUCUAGGAGGCUGUCCAAGACUGCUGGUUUAUGUGAUUUUUAUUCAUCAUUUGUGAGUGUUAUAUCUGAAUGGAGAAGUAAGGAAAAUGGCGAGGAUUUCCGGUGUUCUCAAGGAGUACCCGCCAUGAUGUUGGAUCAUGUGAAACUCCUUUCACAUGCUAGAGAGUUGCAAGCUGUUUUCAGAAUUGGGAAUACUUUGCUGCCACUGCUUACGUAUACUUCAUGUGCACUGUGUUUCCAGUAUUCUCGAUAA